CACGUACUGCAGCGUCAGGGGCGCGGAGUACAAACUUCUUACUUUCACUUUCUCUUCUGUAAACUUAGACUUUUUAACACGUAAAACAUCGAUUGAACUCUUAAAAUACCGAGAGAAAAGCGUGAAAAAACACGUUAUCAACUUAUAACAUGACGUCGUUUAAGUAUCCAGCUGCGAGGAGAGACGAGAGCAAGGUUUGGAUCGUGUUUUCAAAGUUGUUGGUUGUUGCUAACACAUUUACAGAAAGUUCUACUAUGCGCUUUUUUUUGAGCUGGCUGUGCACGAAAAUCGAUACUAGGACAGAAAGGAAAGUGGAUAACUACCACGGCACUGAGAUCUGUGAUCCUUAUGCUUGGCUGGAGGACCCAGAAAGUGAAGAGACCAAGGCAUUUGUGGAGGCGCAGAACAAAGUCACGAUGCCAUUUCUAGAAAAGUGUAGAGUCAGGGAGAAGUUUCAACAGCGACUGACAGAGCUCUAUGACUAUCCCAAAUACAGCACCCCCUUCAGGAGAGGAGACAGGUAUUUUUACUUCCAUAACAAAGGCCUCCAGAACCAGAGCGUGCUGUACGUGCAGGACUCUCUCGACGCUCCGGCCUCUGUGUUCUUUGACCCAAACACUCUGUCUGAAGAUGGAACUGUGGCGCUAAAGAUGGGUCGUCUGUCUGAGGACUGUAAGCUGUUUGCCUAUGGCCUGAGCAGCAGUGGGUCAGACUGGGUCACUGUGCACUUCAUGAAGGCAGACGGAGACCUGGAGAAACUGCCUGAUGUUUUGGAGAGGGUCAAAUUCAGCUGCCUCUCCUGGACCCACGAUGGGAGGGGCAUCUUCUACAACAGCUACCCCCGACAAGAGGGCAAAACAGAUGGCACAGAGACAACUUCAAACAUGAACCAAAAAUUGUUCUAUCAUGUGAUCGGAACCAAACAGUCUGAGGAUGUCCUGGUGGCCGAGUUUCCUGAUCACCCCAAAUGGCACAGCUCUGUCACUAUCUCAGACGAUGGCAGGUAUGCGGUUUUGUCCAUCACUGAAGGAUGUCAGCCCAUGAACCGCCUCUGGUACUGUGACCUUCAGCAGCUGCCCAAUGGAAUCACAGGUUUACUUCCGUGGGUGAAGCUCGUGGACACAUUCGAGGCUCAGUUUUCAUAUGUCACAAACGAAGGGACAGUUUUCACAUUUCACUCAAACCUGGACGCUCCUCGCUACUGUCUGAUCAACAUUGAUGUCCAGAAACCAGAGAGAGAGCACUGGAAAACCCUCAUCCCGCAACAUGAGAAAGAUGUACUGAGCUUUGUGACUUGUGUGAAUGAGCACCACCUGCUGGCCACAUACCUCCAUGACGUGAAGGACAUCCUGCAGGUGUUUGAGCUGAAGACCGGAGCGUUUAUUCGGGAUCUACCUCUGGAUGUGGGAAUGGUGUCCGGAGUGAGCGGGAAAAAGAAAUAUUCUGAAGUCUUCUACAAGUUCACCUCCUACACCACUCCAGGAAUCAUUUACCACUGUGACCUGAGCUCUCCAAACCCAGAGCCCAAAGUUUUCAGAAAAGUGGAAGUGAAAGGAUUCAAACAGGAGGACUACCAAACUACACAGGUUUUCUACCCGAGUAAAGAUGGCACCAAGAUCCCCAUGUUCCUGGUUCAUGCCAAAGAUCUGAAGAAGGAUGGGUCUAAUCCGGUUUUCCUGUAUGGAUAUGGAGGGUUUGAGGCCUCAAUACAGCCGUACUAUAAUGUAGCGUACUUGCUGUUUGUGCAACACUUGGGCGGAGUCUUGGCUGUGGCGAACAUCAGAGGAGGAGGAGAGUACGGACUCACCUGGUACAAAGCUGGGACUUUGGGGAACAAACAGAACUGUUUCGAUGACUUCCAGAGCGCAGCCGAGUUUCUGAUCCAGGAGAAAUACACCUCCUCCAGUAAAAUCGCCAUCAACGGAGGAUCCAACGGAGGACUGCUUGUGGGUGCAUGUGUGAACCAGCGGCCUGACCUGUUUGGCUGUGCGGUGGCGGAGGUGGGGGUCAUGGACAUGUUAAAGUUUCACCGUUUCACCAUCGGACAUGCCUGGACCACAGACUACGGCUGCUCUGACGAUCCUCAGCAGUUUCAGUGGCUCAUCAAAUACUCCCCCCUCCAUAAUCUCCCCUCACCCCCUUACACCGGCCCCCCGUACCCCGCCGUCCUGCUCCUCACGGCGGACCACGACGACCGCGUGGUUCCCCUGCACACCCUGAAGUAUAGCGCCACCCUGCAGUACGGUGUGGGCAGCAGUCCUCAGCAGAAGCAGCCUCUGAUGGUGAGAGUGGACACCCAGAGCGGACACGGGGCAGGUAAACCCACAGCAAAAGCCAUUCUGGAGGACACACACAUCUUCUCAUUCGUCGCAGAGACUCUGGGGCUGGACUGGAGAGAGUGAAACCACAGAACAGUACACACAUCUAGAGUAAAGCAUCUUUUUAUGUCAAUCGCAAAUUCACUAGCAGAGUAAUCUCUCAAAAAGGGGUUUAAAGGGAUAAUUCUGCACUUCUGUGUUUUAGUCCAAAUCAAUUCACAUUUGUGCAAUAUUGAAUCUUAACCACGACGUGUACAAGAAUGUUUUAGCACAAGAAAAUAUUGGGCUUUUAAAGUAGGGCUGAGAAGAAAAAAAAAAAAUUAUCUUUUCUUUUCGCUUAUAAAACUGCUGUCUCUGGAGUUUAGAUCUGUACUAACAUGUUCUGAAAUGUGAUUCUUGUAUUAGUUUGUCAGUUCUUAUUUUUAGCGUGUCCGGGAGAAUUGGUAAAAUAACUGAAAGAUGAAAUUUUAUAAAUCGCAAAUCUAAUCACAAUGCUUGUCAGAAAAAAUCUUAAUUGGAUAUUCAAAUCAUUCAUCCCAAAAACGUACAAUAAUUUCGUCUGUAAAUCUAUUUUUUUUUACAAUAAACAGAGGUGGAAAUAUAUUUUAAAAAUUUAUAAUUUCAUAAUUGUUGUUUUGGAGACAAAAAAAAGGUUAAACUUAAAAUCUGUUGUGCAGUACUUGAAUCUCAGCCAAUUUCUGUACAGCACUGUAGUUCUCAAACCUGUCAUACCAAGUACCACCUAAGAAAAUAUUUGGUUUUCCCUAGACCACCAAAUCUAAAUCAGGUCUAAAUUAGGGUUAUUAAAAGUCUAUAUUAAUCCAACUACACAAAAGCUACACUAGUUCUAACCAAGGAGUAAUCUAAAGGAGGACAAAAAUGUGUUCAGUUGUCAAUUGAAGAAUCUGGUGAGCCACAGUUUGAGAACCACUGUAGCCUACUAUCCACUCAUCCAAUUAGUGAUUGGUUGCCAUAAUAUUGUCUGAAUAUUGUCAUGUGGAUGAAAAAAAAACAAAAAAUAUACAGAUAUAAUUUUGUUAUUAUUGCCUACCCUUAUUAACUGUUUUGCCUCACUCACACAUUUGAGUAAUCUCAUGUUUGUAUGCCUGUAAAUCAAUACAGUAAUUCUUGUUCCCAAAUUCCAUAAAUACAAUAUACCAUUAUACAGUAAAGUGUAAAGUGAAAUAUAGUUCAAAAGGCCUGAUAAAAACAUUAUAUAGGACGUUUUUCAAUUUUGUUAUGUUCACACAUGCAUUUUUUACAUGGAUUAUUACUUGGCUGGAUAACUGCCAAAAGGUGCACUAUGCAGCUUAAAGCCACACUGUGUAGUAUUCUUAUACAAAGUAAUAACAUUUCCAUGGCAACAAGUGAUGGCAGACCCAAUCUAGUUACAUGGUGCACCUUGAACAGUCUACAUGUGCCUUAAACUUAGUUCUGUGUUAGAAUGAGAGUAAACCAAAGUAAAUGUACAAUGCUGUCAUUUUGGAAACUGUAUCCUAAAAUGUCGUGCAAAAUCAUUUGUAGUAAAUUAUUUGUUAAAUGUCCUUGUAUGACUAUGAAUUUGCACUAAAAGGGGUUUAAAGGGAUUAUAAUGUUUACUGCUUUUACAUGUGUGAAAUUUAAAACUAAACUGUAGACUGACCUGACAUGUCAAAAAAUAAAGUCAAAAUUUGAAAAUUUAAAA